AUGAACGAGAUGUCCAGCUUUCUCCACAUCGGAGACAUCGUCUCCCUGUACGCCGAGGGCUCAGUCAAUGGCUUCAUCAGCACUUUAGGGCUGGUGGAUGACCGCUGCGUGGUGGAGCCUGCUGCUGGGGACCUGGAUAAUCCCCCUAAGAAGUUUCGAGACUGUCUGUUCAAGGUGUGUCCCAUGAACCGCUACUCGGCCCAGAAGCAGUACUGGAAGGCCAAGCAGACCAAGCAGGACAAGGAGAAGAUCGCCGACGUGGUGCUGCUGCAGAAGUUGCAGCAUGCGGCCCAGAUGGAGCAGAAGCAGAAUGAUACGGAGAACAAGAAGGUGCACGGGGACGUGGUGAAGUAUGGCAGUGUGAUCCAGCUCCUGCACAUGAAGAGCAACAAAUACUUGACAGUGAACAAGCGGCUGCCGGCCCUGCUGGAGAAGAAUGCCAUGCGGGUGACACUGGACGCCACGGGCAACGAGGGCUCCUGGCUCUUCAUACAGCCCUUCUGGAAGCUACGGAGCAACGGGGACAAUGUGGUUGUGGGGGACAAGGUGAUCCUGAACCCUGUCAACGCUGGGCAGCCUCUGCAUGCUAGUAAUUAUGAGCUCAGUGACAACGCUGGCUGCAAGGAGGUCAACUCUGUGAAUUGUAAUACCAGCUGGAAGAUCAACCUGUUCAUGCAGUUCAGGGAUCACCUGGAGGAGGUGUUGAAAGGGGGAGACGUGGUGCGAUUGUUCCACGCGGAGCAGGAGAAGUUCCUGACGUGCGAUGAGUACAAGGGCAAGCUGCAGGUGUUCCUGCGCACCACGCUGCGGCAGUCGGCCACCUCCGCCACCAGCUCCAAUGCCCUCUGGGAGGUGGAGGUGGUCCACCACGACCCCUGCCGUGGAGGAGCUGGCCACUGGAAUGGUCUCUACCGCUUCAAACACUUGGCCACAGGCAACUAUCUGGCUGCUGAGGAGAACCCCAGCUACAAGGGUGACAUCUCAGAUCCCAAGGCGGCUGGAUCGGUAAGGGGCCGUGUAGGACGGAGGAAUGCUGGAGAGAAGAUCAAGUACCGCCUGGUGGCUGUGCCCCAUGGAAAUGACAUCGCUUCUCUGUUCGAGCUGGACCCCACCACCUUGCAGAAAACAGACUCCUUUGUGCCCCGGAACUCGUACGUCCGGCUGCGGCACCUCUGCACCAACACGUGGAUCCAGAGCACGAAUGUGCCCAUUGACAUCGAGGAGGAGCGUCCCAUCCGGCUCAUGCUGGGCACCUGCCCCACCAAAGAGGACAAGGAGGCCUUUGCCAUUGUGUCGGUGCCUGUGUCUGAGAUCCGAGACCUGGACUUUGCCAACGAUGCCAGUUCCAUGCUGGCCAGUGCCGUGGAGAAGCUCAACGAGGGCUUCAUCAGCCAGAAUGACCGCAGAUUUGUCAUCCAGCUGCUGGAGGACUUGGUGUUCUUUGUCAGUGAUGUCCCCAACAAUGGGCAGAAUGUCCUAGACAUCAUGGUCACCAAGCCCAACCGGGAGCGGCAGAAGCUGAUGAGGGAGCAGAACAUCCUUAAGCAGAUCUUUGGCAUUUUGAAGGCCCCAUUCCGAGACAAGGGUGGCGAAGGGCCCCUGGUGCGGCUGGAGGAGCUGUCAGACCAGAAGAAUGCCCCCUACCAGCAUAUGUUCCGGCUUUGCUACCGCGUGCUGCGGCAUUCCCAAGAAGAUUACCGCAAGAACCAGGAACACAUAGCCAAGCAGUUUGGGAUGAUGCAGUCCCAGAUUGGCUACGACAUCCUGGCCGAGGACACGAUCACGGCCCUGCUGCACAACAACCGCAAGCUCCUGGAGAAGCACAUCACCAAGACCGAGGUGGAGACCUUCGUCAGCCUCGUGCGCAAGAACCGUGAGCCCAGGUUCCUAGACUACCUGUCUGACCUGUGUGUGUCCAACCACAUCGCCAUCCCUGUCACCCAGGAGCUCAUCUGCAAGUGUGUGCUGGACCCCAAGAACAGCGACAUCCUCAUCCAGACCGAGCUUCGGCCUGUGAAGGAGAUGGCACAGUCCCACGAGUACCUGAGCAUCGAGUACUCCGAGGAGGAAGUGUGGCUCACUUGGACUGACAAGAAUAACGAACACCACGAGAAGAGUGUGCGGCAACUGGCCCAGGAGGCACGAGCCGGCAACGCCCAUGACGAGAACGUGCUGAGCUACUACAGGUACCAGCUGAAGCUCUUUGCUCGCAUGUGCCUGGACCGGCAGUACCUGGCCAUAGAUGAGAUUUCCCAGCAGCUGGGCGUUGACCUGAUCUUUCUGUGCAUGGCGGACGAGAUGCUACCCUUUGACCUGCGUGCCUCCUUCUGCCACCUGAUGCUGCAUGUGCAUGUGGAUCGCGACCCUCAAGAGCUAGUCACACCCGUCAAGUUUGCCCGCCUCUGGACUGAGAUCCCCACGGCCAUCACCAUCAAGGACUAUGAUUCCAACCUCAACGCCUCCCGAGAUGACAAGAAGAAUAAGUUUGCCAGCACCAUGGAGUUUGUGGAGGACUACCUCAAUAACGUGGUCAGCGAGGCUGUGCCCUUUGCCAAUGAGGAGAAGAAUAAGCUCACCUAUGAGGUGGUCAGCCUGGCGCACAAUCUCAUCUACUUCGGCUUCUACAGUUUUAGCGAGCUGUUGCGCCUCACUCGCACGCUCCUGGGCAUCAUCGAUUGUGUGCAAGGUCCCCCGUCCAUGCUGCAAGCCUACGAGGAUUCGGGCGGCAAGAAUGUCCGUCGGUCCAUCCAGGGUGUGGGGCACAUGAUGUCCACCAUGGUGCUGAGCCGCAAGCAGUCUGUCUUUGGUGCCCCCAGCUUGCCUGCCGGUGCUGGUGCUGCAGAGCCCCUGGACCGCAGCAAGUUUGAGGAAAAUGAAGACAUUGUGGUGAUGGAGACCAAGCUGAAAAUCCUGGAAAUUCUACAGUUCAUCCUCAAUGUCCGCCUGGAUUACCGCAUCUCCUACCUGCUGUCCGUCUUCAAGAAGGAGUUCGUGGAGGUGUUUCCCAUGCAGGACAGUGGGGCAGACGGCACGGCCCCUGCCUUUGACUCCACCACUGCCAACAUGAACCUGGAUCGCAUUGGGGAGCAGGCGGAAGCCAUGUUUGGAGUAGGGAAGACGAGCAGCAUGCUGGAGGUGGACGACGAGGGCGGCCGCAUGUUCCUGCGCGUGCUCAUCCACCUCACCAUGCACGACUACGCGCCGCUGGUCUCGGGCGCGCUGCAGCUGCUCUUCAAGCACUUCAGCCAGCGCCAGGAGGCCAUGCACACCUUCAAGCAGGUGCAGCUGCUGAUCUCAGCCCAGGAUGUGGAGAACUACAAGGUCAUCAAGUCAGAGCUGGACCGGCUGCGGACCAUGGUUGAGAAGUCGGAGCUGUGGGUGGACAAGAAGGGCAGCGGCAAGGGUGAGGAGGUGGAGGCAGGUGCUGCCAAAGACAAGAAGGAGCGGCCUACGGAUGAAGAGGGCUUCCUGCAGCAGCCCGGGGAGAAGAGCAGCGAGAACUACCAGAUCGUCAAGGGCAUUCUGGAGCGGCUGAACAAGAUGUGUGGUGUCGGGGAGCAGAUGCGGAAGAAGCAGCAGCGGCUGCUCAAGAACAUGGACGCCCACAAGGUCAUGCUGGACCUGCUGCAGAUCCCCUACGACAAGGGCGAUGCCAAGAUGAUGGAGAUCCUGCGCUACACCCACCAGUUCCUGCAGAAGUUCUGCGCGGGGAACCCCGGCAACCAGGCCCUGCUGCACAAACACCUGCACCUCUUCCUCACGCCGGGGCUCCUGGAGGCCGAGACCAUGCAGCACAUCUUCUUGAACAACUACCAGCUGUGCUCCGAGAUCAGCGAGCCCGUUCUGCAGCACUUUGUGCACCUGCUGGCCACUCAUGGCCGCCACGUGCAGUACCUGGACUUCCUGCACACCGUCAUCAAGGCAGAGGGGAAAUACGUCAAGAAGUGCCAGGACAUGAUCAUGACCGAGCUGACCAAUGCAGGUGAUGAUGUGGUCGUGUUCUACAAUGACAAGGCCUCACUGGCCCAUCUGCUGGACAUGAUGAAGGCCGCCCGGGAUGGUGUGGAGGACCACAGCCCCCUCAUGUACCACAUCUCACUAGUGGACCUGCUGGCCGCCUGCGCCGAGGGCAAGAACGUCUACACUGAAAUCAAGUGCACCUCCCUGCUGCCCCUGGAAGAUGUGGUGUCCGUGGUGACACACGAGGACUGCAUCACUGAGGUGAAAAUGGCCUAUGUGAACUUUGUGAACCACUGCUACGUGGACACAGAAGUGGAGAUGAAGGAGAUCUAUACCAGCAACCACAUCUGGACCCUCUUUGAGAGCUUCACCCUGGACAUGGCCCGGGUCUGCAGUAAGCGGGAGAAGCGCCUGGCUGACCCCACCCUGGAAAAGUACGUGCUGACCGUCGUGCUGGACACCAUCAAUGCCUUCUUCAGCUCGCCCUUCUCUGAGAACAGCACCUCCCUGCAGACACACCAGACGAUUGUGGUGCAGCUGCUGCAGUCUACCACGCGGCUGCUGGAGUGUCCAUGGCUGCAGCAGCAGCACAAGGGCUCCGUGGAGGCCUGCAUCCGGACCCUCGCCAUGGUGGCCAAGGGUCGGGCCAUUUUGCUGCCCAUGGACCUGGACGCCCACAUCAGCUCACUGCUCAGCAGCGGGGCCAGCUGUGCCGUGGCUGCCCAGCGGAACGCAUCCAACUAUAAAUCAGCCACACGCACUUUCCCGCGAGUCACCCCCACUGCCAACCAGUGGGACUAUAAGAACAUCAUUGAGAAGCUGCAGGACAUCAUCACGGCUCUGGAGGAGCGACUGAAGCCCCUGGUGCAGGCCGAGCUGUCCGUGCUGGUGGACGUGCUGCACUGGCCCGAGCUGCUCUUCCUGGAGGGCAGUGAGGCCUUCCAGCGCUGUGAGAGUGGGGGCUUCCUGUCCAAACUGAUCCAGCAUACAAAGGACCUCAUGGAGUCGGAGGAGAAGCUGUGCAUCAAGGUGCUGCGGACCCUGCAGCAAAUGCUGCUCAAGAAAACCAAGUAUGGGGACCGGGGCAACCAGCUGAGAAAGAUGCUGCUGCAGAACUAUCUCCAGAACCGGAAGUCCAGCUCCAGAGGGGACUUACCAGAUCCCAUGAGUGUCGGUCUGGACCAGGACUGGUCAGCGAUCGCGGCCACGCAGUGCCGGCUGGACAAGGAGGGGGCCACCAAGCUGGUGUGCGACCUCAUCACCAGCACCAAGAAUGAGAAGAUCUUCCAGGAGAGCAUCGGCCUGGCCAUCCGCCUGCUGGAUGGUGGCAACACCGAGAUCCAGAAAUCCUUCUAUAACCUAAUGACGAGUGACAAGAAGUCCGAGCGCUUCUUCAAGGUGCUGCAUGACCGCAUGAAGCGGGCCCAGCAGGAGACCAAGUCCACGGUCACAGUCAACAUGAGCGACUUGGGCACCCAGCCUCGUGAGGAGCGAGAACCAGACCCCACCACCAAAGGCCGUGUAGCCUCCUUCUCCAUGCCUAGCUCCUCCUCCCGCUAUUCGCUGGGCCCCAGCCUGCACCGGGGGCACGAGGUGGGCGAGCGCGUGCAGAGCAACGAGAUGGGCACGUCGGUGCUCAUCAUGCAGCCCAUCCUGCGCUUCUUGCAGCUGCUGUGCGAGAACCACAACCGGGACCUGCAGAACUUCCUGCGCUGUCAGAACAACAAGACAAACUACAACCUGGUGUGUGAGACGCUGCAGUUCCUGGACAUCAUGUGUGGCAGUACCACAGGGGGCCUGGGGCUGCUGGGGCUCUACAUCAACGAGGACAACGUGGGCCUCGUCAUCCAGACACUGGAGACCCUCACCGAGUACUGCCAGGGCCCCUGCCAUGAGAACCAGACCUGCAUCGUGACACACGAGUCCAAUGGCAUAGACAUCAUCACAGCGCUGAUUCUCAAUGACAUCAGCCCCCUGUGCAAGUACCGCGUGGACUUGGUGCUGCAGCUCAAGGACAAUGCCUCCAAGCUGCUCCUGGCCCUGAUGGAGAGCCGGCAUGACAGUGAAAACGCUGAGCGCAUCCUCAUCAGCCUUCGGCCCCAGGAGCUGGUGGACGUCAUCAAGAAGGCCUACCUGCAGGAGGAGGAGCGGGAGAACUCAGAGGUGAGCCCACGGGAAGUGGGCCACAACAUCUACAUCCUGGCCUUGCAGCUCUCCAGGCAUAACAAACAGCUACAGCACCUGCUGAAGCCAGUGAAACGCAUCCAAGAGGAGGAGGCCGAGGGCAUCUCUUCCAUGCUCAGCCUCAACAACAAGCAGUUGUCUCAGAUGCUCAAGUCGUCUGCGCCUGCACAGGAGGAGGAGGAGGACCCACUGGCCUACUAUGAAAAUCACACAUCCCAGAUUGAGAUCGUGCGGCAGGACCGCAGCAUGGAGCAGAUUGUGUUCCCGGUGCCUGGCAUCUGCCAGUUCCUGACGGAGGAGACCAAGCACCGGCUCUUCACCACCACCGAGCAGGACGAACAGGGCAGCAAAGUGAGCGACUUCUUCGACCAGUCCUCCUUCCUGCACAACGAGAUGGAGUGGCAGCGGAAGCUCCGAAGUAUGCCGCUGAUCUACUGGUUCUCCCGCCGCAUGACCCUGUGGGGGAGCAUCUCCUUCAACCUGGCUGUUUUUAUCAAUAUCAUCAUCGCCUUCUUCUACCCCUACGUCGAAGGCGCAUCCACAGGCGUGCUGGGCUCCCCGCUCAUCUCACUGCUGUUCUGGAUCCUCAUUUGCUUCUCCAUUGCGGCCCUGUUCACCAAGCGCUACAGCAUCCGCCCGCUCAUCGUGGCGCUCAUCCUGCGCUCCAUCUACUACCUGGGCAUCGGGCCCACGCUCAACAUCCUGGGUGCCCUCAAUCUGACCAACAAGAUCGUGUUUGUGGUGAGCUUCGUGGGCAACCGUGGCACCUUCAUUCGUGGUUACAAGGCUAUGGUCAUGGACAUGGAAUUCCUCUACCACGUGGGCUACAUUCUCACUAGCGUGCUGGGCCUCUUCGCCCAUGAACUCUUCUACAGCAUCCUGCUCUUCGACCUCAUCUAUCGUGAGGAGACACUGUUCAAUGUUAUCAAGAGUGUGACCCGCAAUGGCCGCUCCAUCCUGCUGACCGCCCUGCUGGCUCUCAUCCUGGUCUACCUCUUCUCCAUCGUGGGCUUCCUCUUCCUCAAAGAUGACUUCAUCCUAGAGGUUGACCGGCUGCCCAGCAACUACUCCAAAGCCAUUCCCCUCGAGAUGCCACAUGGUGCCACCACAUUUGUGGGCACGUGUGACAGGGACAAGAUGGACUGUGUCUCCGAUGUCUCAGUGCCCAAGGUUCUGGAAGAUGACGAGGAUCCAGACAGCACGGAGCGGGCCUGUGACACGCUGCUGAUGUGCAUCGUCACUGUCAUGAACCAUGGGUUGCGCAACGGGGGCGGCGUGGGCGACAUUCUCCGGAAGCCCUCCAAAGAUGAGUCCCUGUUCCCAGCGCGCGUCGUCUACGACCUCCUGUUCUUCUUCAUUGUCAUCAUCAUUGUGCUGAACCUCAUCUUUGGGGUGAUCAUUGACACCUUCGCCGAUCUGCGCAGUGAAAAGCAGAAGAAGGAGGAGAUUCUCAAGACGACUUGUUUCAUUUGUGGUCUGGAGAGGGACAAGUUCGACAACAAGACGGUGUCAUUCGAGGAGCACAUAAAGCUGGAGCACAACAUGUGGAACUACCUGUACUUCAUCGUGCUGGUCCGAGUGAAGAACAAGACGGACUACACGGGCCCCGAGAGCUAUGUGGCCCAGAUGAUCAAGAACAAGAACCUGGACUGGUUCCCUCGGAUGCGGGCCAUGUCCCUGGUCAGCAACGAAGGGGAGGGGGAGCAGAACGAGAUCCGGAUUCUGCAGGAUAAGCUCAGCUCCACCAUGAAGCUGGUGUCACACCUCACCGCCCAGCUCAACGAGCUCAAGGAGCAGAUGACAGAGCAGCGGAAACGCAGGCAACGCUUGGGCUUUGUGGAUGUCCAGAACUGCAUGAGCCGCUGA